AAAGGUUUAAACAGAGCGCACGGACUGAAUGGCACUCCGUGAGAGCACCCCUCGUGCGGACAGAAAACGCGUGCGUUCGGUUAGUCACUCAAACUGUGACAUAGCGCAAUUUCCCCCACGGAGUCCACCACACCUGCGCGCAUCCAGGAUACAGCACACAGCUGCAAACAUUAUGAGCGAAAGAAAAGAUUGUCGAAAGGUGAAGCAGAGAAAACGAACACAUUCAGUCACUGGAUAUAACUUGGUAUUUGUGGAUGAUUCUUUUUCUUUGUCUCUUUCCACAAGGAUAGUUAGAGCGCAAUGUAUUUUGAGUUAAAUCGAUGGAUUUUCUUUAAUCAAAGCGGGGCACUGACAUCGCCAAGUCCUGCAGCCUAAAUUCAGCCGUUACAACUCUUUGGCACGAGCGCCAGGUUCACUCCGGAAUUACCGCCACAGUGAAGAGCUCGUUUUAACCAUUUGAAACUAGUCACUUCGGUUGUCAGCCAACUCUAUGCUGAUAUCUCGCUGUCCAGAUAACUCAGUGAAUGUGGAGAGGACGCUGCCCCUGUGGACAGGUCACAGCUCGCAGUCUCAGUACCGUUCCCUCACCGGGCUGGGCGUCGCCCGCCAUCCUCCCAGCUACUACCAUGCGGUGUACGACGUCCGGGUGGAGAGACGCCACGAUGCCCCCUUCCCCUCGGGCGGGGGCGGGGCUGGGUGGCCAGCCCCCCGGAGACGGGAGCGAUGGGCGGGACGUUGUACUCGGAAGUGACCGGCGGCGCCCUGGCGGCCCCCCUGUGCAGGCGGCGCGGGGGCCUGUUGGACCACCGCGACAUGAUCAAGGCCCACGAGUGGCACAAGCUUCACAGCACCCCGAAGGCUCGGCGCAAAGAGUGGGAAAUGGCGCGGUUUGGAGACGAGGUACAGUCCAGGUAUGGCGGGGGGCCCGGCCCGGGGGGCCCCGGUCGCGGCGGCAGCAGGCAGGGUGGCCCGCCGGGAGCCCAGAGGAUGUACAAGCAGUCGAUGGCCCAGCGAGCCAGAACCAUGGCCUUGUACAACCCCAUACCGGUGCGGCAGAACUGCUUAACAGUCAACCGGUCCUUGUUCAUCUUCAGCGAGGACAACUUCGUGAGAAAAUACGCCAAAAAGAUCACCGAAUGGCCAUAUCCUUUUGAAUCCAAAUGCAAAGCAUGCGGUUCCGGAGCCAAGGUACUGUACUGAUCUGUGGCAAGUGUAUAUGCAGAUAGCAUGCUAUUAAUAACGGGAGUGUGUGUGGUGUGGAGGGGGGUACACCUGAGUGUGCUUCUGGGAUAUUAAUGCUGUUUCUAGGCCGUUGAUGAAUUCAUUAUUAGCGUGUACAUGUGAGAUUAAUGUAUAACAAGCAAUACGAUAAACUACGUUUGACAGGGCUGUUUUUAUUAUUUUUAUUGUUAUUAUUAUUAUUAUUAUUAUAUUGAUGACGGUGAUACCGAGCUACCGAUGAAACCGCAAGGAACAGCAUUGUCGCAGGCUCUACGUGUGACUUUGGUUUGUGAGGUGCGAGAAUGUGAAUAAAAUACGCUAGAGGCAUUUUAUAAUGUAAUUUAGUUUGGGUACAUUUAAUUGUGGGCUCAGUAGGCUUAACGUUUUUUCAUAGUGGCUUCCAUAAUAAUAAUACAAAUAAUAAUAACAAUAAAUAAUAAUACAUAUUAUUAUUCAUUUGUUGUUGGCCAUAGUUAGCCUUCUUGAAAUCCUGAUCUUUUUGGUGCUUUCGUUGACCCUUUUACAGGACUGUAUUAAUUUACUGAUAUUUGCGUGAAUUUGUCAAUCUGUGCGUUUUUGUGUGCGCGCGCGCGUGUGAGAUAGAGGGAUGCAUGUUACGCGUAUGUACAGAGGAAUAGCGUCGCUCUGCGCGAAUAGCAGCUGCUUUGUCAGGGAGGCAGUAUGUCGGCGCUGCGUUACUGAUUGCUGAUGUCAGCAUGUGCAGCCUGAGGUCCAUACGUGAGAUGGACAGGGGAGGGAGGAGUGGGAGGCAAGUACCAUUUCUCUCCCAUGGUUCUGAGGGGUCCAGAA